AUGAACACAAGUGCCGUAAAUGCCUUGGUGAAAGCGUGUCCUACGCUGACAAAAUGGAUUCCUAUUUUUAUCAGUGAUCUGUAUACCUUGGUUCGGAAACCAGGUGUCGAAGAAGUACUAUUUUGGUAUAGGUUACCUGUCAUAUGGUUGCGUAUUGUUGGAAUUGUGAUGAGUGUUGACGAGUAUGAGGGUCGCACUAACGUCACGGUGGAUGAUGCGAGUGGAAGAACAAUUGUUUGCUGCAUUGAUCAGACGACCAACAUACCGUGGACUCGGGAGGACCGCUCGAGUUGGAUUGGCAAGGCGUUCCGAAUAGACGGUCGGCUGCAGUGUAUAGGCCUUAAUCGUCGAUUUCUGGCAAACAAAGCUGUUGAGCUCGAACAUCCCGAUGCUGAAUGGAGAGCUUGGCAAACACGCGUUCGGUAUAAGAAGAAAAUUCUCGACCGAUAUGUAUUGCCCAUGUUUCAAAGUUUGAGUACGUCCACACACACAAAAGCAGAUCGUACCCCGUUCGAGAACCUUUGUCGCUGUUUAUUGCAUAUUUUAAGACUGCCGGAGUAUGCAGAUCUUUCAGCUGCAUUUACAGCAGCCAGGUUGCUCGAAUUUAUUGAGGCAAAGAACAUUCAGCUGCCUCAGCUUCCUGUCUUCAAUGUAGACACGGGCAUGACGGAGUGGAAAGGAAGCAAUAACACGCUCGUAAUCAGCUAUGCGCUGGAUGCCCUCGUCCGUCGGGGCCGGCUUGUCAUUAUUCACUCACUUGCAUAUACGCUGGUCACGCCGGCGCACAUUCGACCCAUACUAACGCCUUUUCGUCACCUUCCAAGCUUUGACGUUCGCGAUGUUAUGGAGGCGCUCAUUGACAAGCGGCCCUCCUUCCGAACUAUCACCAAGUCUGCACUUGUCAAGCUCAUCCAGGCUAUACUACAAGGGGACACCUACUCUUGGCAGCUCAUCGACAAGACCCGGUGGGUGAGACGGGAAAGUCGGUAA